UGCAUUUCUACUUUAUGUCAUAAAAAGCAACGAACUAGAAAUAAAAAUAAGUAAACGUAGAAUAUAAAUAUUUCUAAUUUCAGUCAAAACUGAAAUAUCAAAUAAUUUACAAGUGUAUAAAACAUAAACAAUUCGCGAAAUUAUAUUUUACAGAUAUUGUAAAGUCAAUACAUAGGUUUUAUUAAUGGAAGGGCUUGAUAUAAAUUCUUUAGAGGAAGAAGCUUUGAAAAGAAAGAAAAGGCUCGAAAAUCUUAAAAGGAAAGCAGAAAAUGAAAAAGAUACACAUAAAGAUAAUUUAAAGCCUAAAUUUAGGAGCUACAAACCUUUGGAUAAAACUUUAAAAGAAGAUAGCCAGGAAGAAAACGGAAAAGAUACUGGCAUUGAGGAACAAAUUCAAGAUCAAUUGGAACUGCUAAAAACACCAAUUACUAUUGAUGAAAUCGACAUAACGAAUUUGGCUCCUCGGAAACAAGAUUGGGAUUUGAAACGCGAUAUUUCUAAGAAAUUGGAAAAACUUGAGUGGCUUACACAAAAAGCAAUUGCAGAAUUAAUAAGGGAACGAUUAAAAAUGAAUCAAGAAAGUAUUUUUGAAGCUGUAGCAACAGCUGAACUACAGUCUGAAAAAUCCGAUUUAAAACAAUCAUAGCUUUUGUAAAAUUGGUUUUAUUUAAGUAUCAAUGUUAAAUAGGAAAUUUAUUAUUUUUAUAAGGCACGUACCAUAUAAAAAUUAUACCGUACAUAUUUGCUUUUAACUAAGUUUUUGUAGCUGCUUUAAGUUCUAAAAUCUCUGAAAAAAAAAAUUGUUUAUUAAACAAAGAUGUGAUUGAAAAUGUUA